AUGUCGUAUACUGACCUCUCCAAUUUCUCGGCACUCUAUCGUGCUCUUUGGCAGAAGCAAGAUCACUCUGUCAUAAGGCAAGGAUUAAAGUGUAAUGUUAUAGAUUUGGAAGGUUAUGACAAGAUGCACCCGUUCACCUUCGACGCUGUUGAUCUAUCUCAACACCCUGAUGCGAUGUUAUCAAACGGAGCAACCUCCAUGCUCAUCCGCUCAGAAUAUGAGUUAUUCUUUGAUAACGCCUCCAAUAUUGAGCGUAACUUCAUUGUUCAUGGAUCGGCAGGUAUAGGGAAGACAAAUUUCCUAGGAUACGUUCUCAUCAGGCGACUUCUCGCUCGCCAGCCUGUGACCUAUCAGGUCGAUCGACCGGACUCAUGUGUCUUGUGCUUUACUGGUGAUGGCUUCUUCACGUUCCCAGAGCAGAACAGCGAGUACUACCCCUUAUUCCAACGCGAAGACGUAUGGCAUCUCAUCGACAGCACGCACGGAGACUCCAUAGUUCACGCGAACACUGCCCACACCCAGGCGCUGAUGUGGGGUACGUGCGGCAAGGCUAUUUUCACCACCUUCUGGCCCGACAAGCUGGGAUUUAAUAUUGAAUGGUCGCCUGGAUAUGAAGUUGCACUUCAGCGGUGGAUGGCCCCAUGUCCUUGGGACGAAAUCUUUGCUAUGAGUGCUCUUACUGCAGACCGACAUGACGUCGAGUUCCUACUAUGGACGUACACUCAUUUCGGGUCCAAUGCGCACACCUGCAUGCAAGUGUCUCAUGAUCCUAGUUAUGCCGAGCAUUAUGUGAACGAGCUAGAGGAUGCCCACGAUAAUUUCUGGAGCUUGCCUGCCUUGCUACGCGGAACAGAAUCCCAAUAUAAUCGCAGCCUAUUUGCAGUCGCCAGCAAGAUUUUCGCAGAAGGACUCGUCUCCAUCGACCCAACCGCUGCCAAACAGGCCGUCUGCAACCUUCUUCACUCAUCGGACGCCAAAGGGGAGGGCGAGAUCUUCUAUCGUCAGGUUGUGGUGGCCCUCAUGUCCAGAUUCGGAGGGACCUUCGAGCUCGGGUGUCGGGAUUCGCAGGCGCAUUAUCAACUGGCCAACCAAAGCCUUUUCCUGCGUACUAAAUUUGAGGCGCCAUACGGGGUCCAGUUGGCUUACCGGACCCAAGGCCAACUUGCGAAGCUAGCAACAAACUAUCCGCACAUUCUCCACACCCCUGGGCAUGCACUUUUGCAUCCAGGGAUUGAUGCGAUCAUGUUCGAUUCCAGCACCCCAACAGUGUGGCUUAUGCAGGUGACCUAUGGAUCCCCACGCCCAAUAUCUCCGCAUGGUCUUGUGUUCUUGUUGGACGCUGUAAGAUGCACUGCUUACGAGCCCUCAGCUCUCUGCCCCUGGAAGCUCAUCUUCGUUACACCACCCUGGCAAGACAUCACAGACUCCUUCCAACUCGGUGAAUCCGACAAAUCAGAGUACUUCACCUCCAUGUUCUGGGACACGCGCAUGAAGUCAUAUGUCAUGCAGCUUCGUGACACGGAUGAUGACGUGCACUCUUCGAACAGCGCAUGUAAGCAGUGGGGUUUCCCCCUGUGGAAGAACUCGUUGAUCAGCCUCCUACGGUGCAUUGCCAACUUAGCGCACCUCGCACAAACACCCUGGCGCGUAAUUGGUUCCGAGUGUGUGGACCAGGUGACGAUUGGGCUUUGGGGUACGUUUAUACGGACGCCGGGAGCUCAUUUGUUUGGAGAUAUGAUGGGUGAGCAACCGAUUGGGCCGAGUGGGCUCCACCUGAGAUUUCCUAAGGGUAAUAAUUCAGGGAUGUACUAUUAAUACUUUGGAUCGCCUGAUAUACAAGUUGUGAUGAAAAAAUUGUUGAAUCUUCUUUCAACGGACCAUGGUUAUCGACGAAAAGCCUUAAUAAUGCAGAAUUUAAUAUGCAGCAAUAACCUCCUGAAUGAGACAUGGGACUGUGAAAAAUAAGCAGCCCACUCAAGCCUUUUCAUCGUCCUCUGCAGCGUUUUUCAUACCUUCCCAUACAUCAUCUCCUUCCUGUUCAUCCUCAUCCACGGGCACAGUAUCUUGCUCUUGGUCCCAGAGAACAACCGUCGGUAUCGUUGUCAUAAAAACGCGCUCCAAAACCGUGCCCUUCUUGUCAAGGUGCUGCCCAACUUUAUCAGGAAGUUGGACGACACUGUGUAUGCGUACAUAUCGAUCUAUCGAUGCUGAAGCUAAGUGGGUUGGGGAUGCAGCCAGUGAGAUGGCAGUGCCCGAUAGGCCU